ACUGCAAAUAUAGCACAGGGGAUGACCAGAGACUGCAAACAUAGCACAGGGGAUGACCAGAGACUGCAGACACAGUACAGGAGAUGACCAGAGACUGCGAACAUAGUACAGGAGAUGACCAGAGACUGCAGAGACUGCAAACAAGCUGUCACAGUCGGGUGCCCACACUGGAGAUGCCGGUGCCGGGGAGAGAAGACGGUCUGUGAAAGCAGGACACUGCUGGACCGAGGAACAGGUAGGACCAAGGAGCAGGUUCUUCUGCACAGUAGAGUCGAGCAGCCGGCCCAGUAUUCUAACAUGGCAGCAGCAAGAACACCG